AUGAAUCCAGCACCCAUCCCUCAGGAGAUGGGCGGCUUUACCGAGGGCGGUCUCACCCAUCAGGAAUGGGGGGCGGAACCCCGAGUCUGUUCAGCAUUUUGGCUCUUUGGUCUCAUCAACAAUGUCCUCUAUGUCAUCAUCCUCUCCGCCGCCCUUGAUCUCGUCGGUCCGUCGGUACCCAAGGCGGUUGUCCUCCUGUGCGAUGUCAUACCCUCCUUCCUCAUGAAGCUAUGCGCGCCCUACUUCAUCCACGCAAUAUCAUACCCCAUUCGAGUCCUCCUCUUUUCCGUGUUUUCUGCCGUUGGCAUGCUUCUGAUAGCGCUUACACCACCAUACACCGAUGGAGGAACCAUAACAACAAAGAUGGCCGGGGUCGUGCUGGCUUCGAUGAGCAGUGGUGGGGGCGAACUGAGCUUCAUAAGUCUGACGCACUUCUACGGCCCCUUCAGUCUCGCCUCUUGGGGGAGCGGUACCGGUGGUGCUGGGCUCAUUGGUGCUGGGGCAUAUGCCUUAGCCACCACAACCUUGGGCCUAAGUAGCAAGCAUACAAUCUUUGCGUCGGCCUUUCUCCCGCUCAUCAUGCUCGUCAGCUUCUUCAUUAUCCUUCCGAGGGAGCCAUUGAUCCGGCAAGCAGCCACAGUUUCGAGUAGAUCGGAACUUCCACAUGCCACUGGAGAUGAAGACGACGAAGGUUCGGAUCCUCGCGAGACUCAGGAAGAUGAGGGGUUGCUCCCACAAUCGUCAAAUUUGACCGGCGCAAACUCAUUGAGAAUGUCCAAAAACCAGUCAUGGGGAGCAGCAUUUCUCCAAAAUCUGCGGCGCUCGCGCUCUUUGUUCUUUCCGUAUAUGCUGCCACUCCUCCUGGUCUACAUCGCCGAAUAUACCAUAAAUCAAGGGGUUGCACCCACCCUUCUAUUCCCUCUGAAAGACAGUCCGUUCAGACACUACCGUGCCUUCUAUCCAACCUACAACGCUAUAUACCAAUCCGGCGUCUUCAUCUCUCGUUCCUCAACCCCUUUCCUUCGCAUACACAAUCUCUACCUACCAUCCCUACUGCAGUGCCUAAACCUAGCGAUUUUAAUACUGCAAGCAUUGUUCGGCUUCAUACCCACUGUUUGGAUUGUUUUCGCAAUCGUGUUCUGGGAGGGUCUGCUUGGUGGCGCGGUUUAUGUAAACACGUUUGCUGAGAUCAGCGAUCGAGUCGCUAAAGACGAGCGGGAGUUCUCUUUAGGUGCAGUCACGGUUAGUGAUAGCGGUGGGGUUUGUAUAGCGGGCUUCAUCGGCAUGGCUUUGGAGGUGGGAUUGUGCAGAUGGCAGGUCAGCCAUGGGAAGGAUUGGUGUCAGCAACUUUGA